UGAACACGAAUCAGUCAUCUCAAUCAGCUGCUUGUAUUGACUUGCUUUAGAUUAUUGUUAAACCAUUCAUUUGGAUUGGUGGAGAAACGAUGAAAAAAUAGAAGACGAGGAGCUAUUAAAAAAGGGUUAUAAACGGCCCACCAGCCCUCAACGCCUCUUCAAUAAAUUUAGUGGCGUUAUGAUGGGACGAAAGAAAACUCAUAGUCGAGGUGGAAAGCCAGGGAAUGCAUCAGCAAGGAGUCGACACAAUCAAACUGAGAAAUAUGAUCGCUUCAAACAAAUGUCAGAAGACCUCAAUUAUUGCCUUGAUGAAGGCAGAAAUGUUGCGGAGGCCUGUGGCAGUGAGGAGGUACUUAGUGAUGAGGAGUUCUUGAAGGUUCCUCUACCACUAGCCAUGUGGGAUCUUGAACAUUGUGACCCCAAGAAAUGUACAGGUCGUAAGCUGAUCCGCAAGGGAUUAGUACGUAAUCUUAAACUAUCGCAGAGAUUUGGUGGCUUAAUCCUCUCACCAAUGGGGACUAAAUGUGUUUCCCCAGAGGAUAGGGAUCUAGUACUAUCUAAAGGUAUUGCAGUAGUAGACUGCUCCUGGGCUAAGCUGGAGGAGACACCAUUCAGCAAGAUGAGGGGAGGCCAGCCUAGGCUGCUGCCUUACCUUGUAGCAGUCAAUCCCAUCAAUUAUGGAAGGCCCUGUAAGCUGUCUUGUGUCGAAGCAUUUGCAGCCACAUUGUAUAUAGUAGGUCUUAAGGAGUAUGGUAUCAAACUAUUAAAACGUUUCAAGUGGGGGGAAGGUUUUUUUGACGUCAACAGGGAGAUUCUCGAUAGAUAUGCAGCCUGCCACACUGGGGCUGAGGUGGUGGCCGCCCAACAACAAUGGUUGCAGAAAUGUAAAGAGGAAGAUGAAGCCAAUGAUAAAAUAGAUGUUUAUGACAUUGAUGAUGAAAAGGAGGUUUGCAAUCUUAAUCGUCAACCUACGUAUGACUUUCCUGAAUCUGAGGAGUCCAGUGAGAAUGAGGAAGAGGAGGAGUUGGAAGAGGAACAGAAAGAUGUGGUGGAGGAGGAAGAUAGAGAUGAAACAGAAGUUAGAAAUGUUGGAAUUCAGAACUAUGCAGCAGCAUCUAAAAGUGAUUCAGAAAAUAUUAUAAAGGAUAGUGAAAUUAAGGACAACGAAUUGAAAUGUGUCAAUGAAAUUCACAAUAAACCAUCUUGAUAAAUUUACCAUCAUGUUUACCAUUUUGUAUACUCAACAUCUGUAUGCUAUCUAAUGAAGAAGCCAAAAAUCUGCCAGCAGAAAGUAUUGUUCUUCAGCACCAACUGCAAGUCUGUGCUUGUCAUAAAUUAACUAUUGGCUGGUUUAUGAGCUGUUACUUGGCAGUACAUAUCAGAUAUUAUUACCUUAAGCAAUGUCCAGAUUAUCAAAUUUUGUUGGACAAAAAACUGUUGAAUGCCCAAAUAUAGUCAUGAUAUGCCUAUAAAUGGUCAUGAUGUGAUGUCAUCAUGACCAUAUUUAGGCAUGUCACAUGUUAUUGUCAAAUAAAUGUUAGUCUGGACAGAGAUUUAGAACAUUUACGUAGCAAAGUAAUGUCAGUAGUAAAGUAAUGUUGUCAGUGGAAUAAACAUAAAGUACAAAUAGUGAAAUUGUACCAGUGUUAUUUGAGUUCAGUAUAAUGAAUAGCAGUCUUGCAGAGGAAACAUCUUUGACAUGUAUAUGUAGUGGAGCAUUGGUAGUUAAGGUGUAUAUGGAGUGGAGUUUGGUAUGCCAAAAAAAUUUGAACUUUGAACUAAUAAUGUAUUGUAAUUUCAUACUUCAAUUAAGCAUCCUGUAACGAU